AUGUCGGCACUUAAGGAUUUUAGUUUCAAAGAAGAUGAAGAUGGAGAACUUCCCGUUCUUGUUACUGGGAAUGAACCUGAUUUAAAGAAAAUAUUGGACACAUAUAAACCAGAUGGUGGGAAACACAUUGUGAGCGAUAAAAAGAUCGCUUUGGCUAAUAGACAGUUGGACGAGGAUUUUGAUAGACAGCAGCGGAUUCCUGUCACCAUCAUAACCGGAUAUCUUGGUGCUGGUAAAUCAACUCUAUUGGAACAAAUAGCGUUAAAGGGCUCCAAUAAAAGGUUAGCAGUUAUAUUGAACGAAUUUGGGGAUAGUUCAGAAAUUGAAAAGUCUAUUACCAUCAAGAACAAGGGUGAAGUAUAUGAAGAAUGGUUAGAUUUGGGUAACGGUUGCUUAUGUUGUUCUUUGAAGGAUGUUGGUGUAAAAGCGAUCGAAGAUAUGGUUGCCCGAUCUCCAGGUAAAAUUGAUUACAUUUUAUUGGAAACAUCGGGUAUUGCAGACCCCGGACCCAUAGCAAAGAUGUUUUGGCAAGAUAAAGGCUUGAACAGCAACGUAUACAUUGAUGGAAUUAUAACUGUUCUUGAUAGUGAACAUAUUAUAACUUGUCUUGAUGAUAUUUCUCCUACUGCCCAUUGGCAUGGAGAGAAAGUUACGGUUGAUGAUGAAUCAAAAACAACCAUUGCACAUCUACAAAUAGCUAUGGCCGAUGCAAUCUUAGUUAACAAAUCGGAUAAAAUUGAAGGAGAUGAAUCAAAGAAAUAUGACCUAGAAAACGUUGUUCGCUCCAUCAACACAGUAGCACCGAUAUAUUAUACGAAAUUCGGGGAUAUCAAUUUGGAUCUCGUAUUGGAUUUAAACGCAUUCGAAAGUACCAAGUUUCUACAGAAAGACUACACAACUACUUUUCAUGAUCAUAGAAUAUCAACGAUUACUUUAGCUUUCCCCUUUUUCCAAACAGAAGAUCAGCUUGAUACUUUUAUCAAAGAUUUCCUUCAAGUCUUGUUAUGGAAAGAUUUUGGGGUAGAUACUGGUUCAGGCUUGCAGUCAGCUCACCAUGAGAAUCCCGAUUUCGAAGUGCACAGAACUAAGGGUGUGAUAAUGGUUGGAAAUGAAUGCAAGGUCAUUCAAGGAGUGCGUGACACAUAUGAUAUAAUCCCUGGUGAAAAGCUGCCUAACAUUACCGAGAAUAAAAUUGUCCUGAUCGGGAAACAUUUGGAUGAGAAUUAUAUUAGGCACUUGCUUAAUAAAGCAAUAAGUAGUCAGAAAUAA